CGCUCGCUUUCUCUUCUCUCUUCAUUUUUUUAAAUGAAUAAAUAAUUAAUGAUAUUAAUUUUCUUCUUCUUCUGCUUCUUCUUCGUCGUCUGCGGCGUCUUCGUUCAUCGCUUUCCUCGCCUGCCAAGAAUAGGAUAGCCUCCUUUUGGAAAGGAUUCUUCGGACGCCAGGAGCAGCGCAGAGAAUCGGGUGCCGCUCCAUUCGCUUCCCUAUUUCGUCCUCCUCCCCUGCUUCUCUCUGUUUUCCCCUUCUCCCAAGGGAUUCUCUCUCUCUCUCUCUCUCUCUCGGGGUCUCGUUCUUCCUUUCUCCGAUCGUGUCAGCCGAUCGACUGUCGCCGGCGUCGUCGUCGUCGUCGUCGUCCCUGAUUCUUGGGCCCAGAUUCAGUUGGCCUUACUAUCUUUCGAGUGCGAUCAAAAGGCGUGGGGCACAUAAAUGCACUGCCGCAGUGUUAUGGAUAGGAGAUUCUUGUUGCGCCUUUGGUAAAAGAAAAUGGAUCACAAGUUGCAAGUCGGUGAUCGACCUCAAAUCGAAGAAUUUUAUGUAACAGAUGGGGUCACUUCAGGAGAGAUCAACCCAUGAUUUUGAGGAUACAAGCGCAUCCAGCACAUCAAAAGUUUUUCAGAAGAUGAGUCCUUUUCAUGCAGCCGAAGAAGGGCCAUUUUCAGGAACUUCGCAAGUUGGAAGUGUUAACAUGUUCAGUUGUGCAUGUAGAAGUAUAAAGAUAGUUGUCUUCUCAAAUAAACUCAACUUGCUUAUGCCAUUUGGUCCGGUAGCCAUCUUGGUUCAUAAUUUGACUGGCCAUCAUGGGUGGGUUUUCUUUCUCAGUUUACUGGGUAUUACACCUUUGGCUGAGCGUUUAGGUUAUGCUACAGAGCAACUGGCUUUCUACACUGGUGCUACAGUUGGUGGUCUGUUGAAUGCAACUUUUGGAAAUGCAACUGAAUUGAUUAUAUCAAUACAUGCACUGAGAGGCGGAAUGAUUAGGGUGGUUCAGCAGUCAUUGUUGGGUUCAAUCCUCUCAAAUAUGUUGCUUGUCCUUGGUUGUGCAUUCUUCUCAGGUGGGCUUGUUUAUAUGAAGAAGGAACAGGUUUUUAACAAGUCAACAGCUGUUGUAAACUCGGGGCUGUUACUGAUGACUGUCAUGGGUUUACUUUUUCCUGCUGUCCUCCACUCCACACACAGUGAGGUGCACUCUGGGAAGUCAGAACUGGCUCUUUCGAGAUUCAGCAGCUGCGUCAUGCUAAUUGCAUAUGCUGCCUAUCUCUUUUAUCAGUUGAGGAGUCAAUCAAAUCAAUAUGUCCCUCUCAAUGAGGAAGGGAGUCCAAGUGGAGAGAGUGCAGAAGAUGAUGAUGAGUCACCAGAGAUCACUAAGUGGGAAUCUGUAAUCUGGCUUGCAGUAAUGACCGCUUGGAUCUCAUUUUUAUCAGACUAUUUGGUUGAUGCAAUAGAGGGGGCAUCCUCAGCCUGGAACAUACCUAUUGCAUUUAUUAGUGUGAUAUUACUUCCCAUUGUAGGUAACGCAGCAGAGCAUGCGAGUGCCAUAAUGUUUGCGAUGAAAGACAAACUUGACAUAUCUUUGGGAGUGGCAAUAGGAUCGUCAACUCAAAUUUCUAUGUUUGGGAUACCCUUUUGUGUGGUUGUUGCAUGGAUAAUGGGGCGCUCUAUGGACUUGAAUUUUCAACUCUUUGAAACGGCAGUUCUUUUCAUUACCGUAUUAGUUGUGGCCUUCUUGCUUCAGGAAGGAACUUCUAAUUACUUCAAAGGGUUGAUGUUAAUACUUUCCUAUAUGAUCGUUGCUGCCAGUUUCUUUGUUCAUGUUGAUCCACCCAAAGAUGAUAAAAUGUAGAGACAUGGGGAAGUUACGUGGUUGGAUGUUCAGAAGCGUACGCUUUAAUCUGAAUGUACAUACACCACAUUCGACGUUACACAUCUCCAGCUCCUGCCGGUGCGUGUUUGGUAGUGUCCAUUUGAUCGAGCAUCUUGGCUGGAUUUUGUUCCACAUUUCCAUCAUCUUAUAUCUAAAAUCAAGAAGGAUCGUAUGAUAAGAAGUCAAGAAUUAUUUCGCUUCUUGUCUGAUGUCAAUCACAUGCACAAGUCAACCUCGAUUGCAACUAAAGCAGUUGAGACCCAUCACAAAAUGAUGGAAUCAGUUCAUGAAAGGUCUCCUUUUCUUUUUCUAUCUCUAUUCUUUUUAUUGUUUCUGUAAUCAGGGAAUGGCUCCGUACGAUUUGGUUUUGUACAGGUUCCUAUUUUCCUUUUCCUUUUGGUUACAAAGAGAAUUUAAAGAUACCAACCGUGGAGUGAUGGUUUGAGACGUUCACCAGAAAUUCUCAGAGUUGCUAUAUUAGAGUGCCUUAAAUGCUUAGAAACAUAAGUCAAUUUUGAUGUAAUUUACAUUAACUUAAUUUUGCCUUUGUAAUGAAAUUCAGAUGUUAUUUGCAACACUCAGUUUGGAACCUUUGGGUGUUUUCUGCUGGGCUGGUACCA